AUGGAGGACUCCGAGCAACCUGACUUAAAAUGGUCAGCACCCUUUGCGGUGUUGCCUCCUUCAAAAUCUGCCUCCAAAGAUCUCCGUGGCGACAAGAUCCUUCUGCCUCAAUCAGCCCUCGAACAGCUGCUCGCAGCCUCCCCGAGACCAACUGUGCACUCGAAUUCGACCUUCACCUCUUACGACCCUUUCAAUCCAUAUGAUCGUCAGCAACAAGGAGCCUAUGGAGAUACGUCUCAGCAGUUACCGAAUCCCUUGAUGUUUCGCCUUGUCAACCAACAAAAUGGCAACGUUGUGUAUGCUGGCAUCCGGGAGUUUUCCGCAGAGGAAGGCGAGAUCGCUUUAGGCCCGUACUUGAUGGAAGCGUUGGGAUUACUGCCAUCUGACUUUGGUAACGAGGGCACAGGCGACGAGCCCAUUGACUUAACAGCCGACAUGGCUUAUGACGCUCAGCCGAGGGUGAUGGUACACGCUAAGCAGCUGCCCAAAGGCACCUACGUCCGUCUAAGACCCCUCGAAGCCGGAUACGAUCCUGAUGACUGGAAAUCACUUCUCGAAAGACAGCUGCGCGAGAGCUACACCACCCUUACCAGAGACACCGUUUUGUCAGUCCGAGGCGUGAAAGGCGAGCAGUUCAAAUUCUUGGUUGACAAGUUCCUACCAGAAGGCGAUGGAGUUUGUGUGGUUGAUACAGAUUUGGAGGUUGAUAUCGAGGCGUUAAAUGAGGAGCAAGCUCGCGAGACAAUGCGCCAGAUUAUGGCCAAGGCACAGCCUGGCACAGCCGAUGGCAGCUCAAAAGGUGGCGAGAUUGAUGUGUGGAAGUCUGUUGAAGGACAGGUUCUGCCGGGCGAAUACGUUGACUAUGAGCUCGCAUCUUGGGAUCGGACUCGGCCUUUGAUGGUCGAGCUGACAGGCUUGACGGCAGAAGACUCGGUGGAUUUAUUCAUCAGUCCCAAGUCAACCAGACAACGCGCCUUUCCACGCGACUCCGAACACGUCUUUGGAAACUUUGACGGGCCUGUGGACGGAACAAAAUUCAUCACUAUCCAGCCAACCAAUGUCGAACUUGAGAAUGCAGAGCAGAUUCUUGUUUCAGUACAUGGAUACCCAUCAACCGGUACAUCUGGGACACCAGUUCAUUUCUCUUUAAGAGUAAAGGCCGUUUUGGAGACAGACUCUCAGGAUAAAUCUUCUGGCCCGAAAAACACAGACUCCAGAUCGCCCGACGACGAGCAAUGCAAAAACUGCCUUCAAUGGAUCCCCAAGCGGACAAUGAUGUUGCAUCAAAACUUUUGUAUGCGGAAUAAUAUCAGCUGUCCCAAGUGCAAUCAAGUUUUCAAGAAGGGAUCGCAAGAAUGGGAAGCACACUGGCACUGCGAACAUGAUGACGCCUUUGGCAAUACGCCUUCGAGUAGAGCUAAGCAUGACGAUAUUCGACACUCCGAACGCCAGUGCCCAGCUUGCGAUUUCACCGCUCCAUCCUUGGUAGAAUUGGCACUUCACCGUACAAGUGUGUGUCCAGGGAAGCUGAUCCUUUGUCAAUUCUGUCAUCUUGAGGUACCGCAGGAGGGAGACCCUUUGAACCCAUCAGCCGAGGUCAUUCUUUCUGGCCUUACUGCCCAUGAGCUGGCUGACGGCGCCAGAACAACGGACUGCCAUCUCUGCGGAAAGAUUGUUCGCAUGCGUGAUAUGGCAGCACAUAUGAAGCACCACGAGCUUGACAAGGUUUCUCGGCCUAAGCCUGACAUCUGCCGAAACUCGAACUGCGGGCGAACUCUUCACGGAGUUGGAUCCGCAGGCGCUGUCGGUGCAGGCACGGCAAUGGGGCAAGGUCCUGGCAACGAUCUCGGACUGUGCUCUUUGUGUUUUGGGCCUUUGUAUGUCAGUAUGCACGACCCAGAGGGCAAAGCGCUUCGGCGUCGGAUUGAACGUCGGUAUCUGAGUCAGUUGAUGACGGGCUGUGGCAAGAAAUGGUGUAAGAACGAGUGGUGUCGCUCGGGACGGUCCAACCUUGGGCUCGAGGCAAAGGGUGCCAGUGCGCAGGCGGCUCUCCCGCUUGUUAAACCUCUCGUGCAAAGCAUACCUGAUCUGAAAGAGCCGAUGCAUUUUUGUGUGGACGAGGGCUCUCAGCAACGUAGGAAAUUGGCGGAGAUGCUGGCUGGCGAAGGUGUCUGGGACUUUGAGUGGUGCAUUGCAGCGUGCGAGGCGGCGUCUGGGAACUUGGAUAAAGCGAGGGAGUGGCUCAGCAAUUGGGCACCGACGAAGUAG